CUAAACAGAUGGCGCUUUUUGCCAACAAAAAAGUUGUAAUCAAAGUUAAGAAUAUCGUAACUUUAUUUGUAGGAUAUAUGGAUAUAUUUUGCAGUGUGAUAAAGCUACAGUGUCAUUAUAAUUGCUGAAAUGGUACUUCCACGAUUGACAAAAGCACUCCGGGCUUUUUCCUACAUAAGUGAUCCUUCUGUUAGAGAAGUUGAUGAAGAAGUAGAUGUCUUGGCAAAAAAAAGAAAAGAGAGAGCUGAGAGGCAUAUAAAAAACAAUACUCUGACUUGGAAUGUUGUGAGGAAAGCCUUUCAGAACCUUUCUGAUCCCUCACAAGAAGUAGUUACAACUGCUUUGAAAGAGUUGAAGAACUAUGCUAAGGAACUUAUUGGGUCAGAGUCUUCUGAAGAAAUGAUAGAGAGUGCUGCUGUGUACCUCAUGGAGGUUUUUCAGGACUGCAACUUGAUUGGUUAUAAGCAAAUGCUACAGCUUCAAAUAAUGUUUGGAUCCUUUUCAUCUUCUAUAGCGACUUUGGCAUGUAAGCUUGUUGGAAAGAUGCUUUCGUGGUUACCGGAUAAGGAAAGAAAUAAUUUUCUGAAACAGAAUAAUUUUGGUGAAGAAGAAUUUGAAGAAUUUGGAUAUAAGAUCAGAUUUGUUGGAUAUCAACCUUUUGAUGAUAGUAGCUUAAUUUUGAGUUGGGAUCAAGAAGAUUCAAAAAGGCAGGAUUUGUUUUUUACCUUAGAUCUUGAGAAGCCUGUUAGAAAAGAUAACAAUAAAGAAGAAAGCAAAAGACAAAAAAAAAUGCUUUGUUUUGAUAAAAGAUGGUUAGAGCACGAAGUAAAAAAGUACUAUGCUCAUCCUUCAAGCAAUUUACUUGGGCUUGAUGUUGAUGAUAUUGUUUCAUCUAUAUUAGCCAUAUUAAUGUCAGAAAAGUCAAUUGAUGAACUCCAAAAUGAUCUGUUUGAGCUUUUGGGAGUUGAAAGACUUAGCCUGAUACAGCCUCUACUAGAGCACAGGAAAGAGAUUGUUACAACAAGAUCAUCUGGUCCUGUCGAUGUUUCUUUAGCUGGAGUGAUGUCAAAUACUAAACAGAGAUCUGCUUAUGGCUGCCAAGUUACAAUUCAGUCUGAAAAAGAACGACAGUUGAAGAAACAGUUCAAGAAAGAAGAUAGACGCAUCCAGCGAGACCAAGCACGGAAUCUUGAUGAUAAUACAUUUAUAUUUGAUCCUCAGUAUCUUAGAGAUCAAAGGGAAUUACAGCUGUUGUCUGCUAAGAGGAAGCCACUGUUUUCACACAAGUCAGUGGCUGGACACCCAAAAAAUCUUCCAUAUGUGUUUGAUUCCUAUGCUGAAGCUAAACUGUCUGCUGGAUACGUUGGAGGAGUAAAAAUGACCCUUCCAUGGGGAUUUGAACAUGUAAAAAAUUCCAAAUAUGAAGAGGUGAAUAUUCCACCAAGUGAACAACCUCCUACCCAAGUGGGGCAGAAGCUAAUUCCUAUUUCUACUCUUGAUGAGCUUGGUCAAGUAGGAUUCCGAGGUAUGAAAACCUUGAACCGCAUUCAGUCAAUUGUCUUUCCUUCUGCAUAUUAUACAAAUGAAAACCUUCUGAUCUGUGCACCUACUGGUGCUGGGAAAACCAAUAUUGCUAUGUUAACUAUUCUCCACCAAAUUAAACAGCAUAUGGAAGGAAGUGUCCUGAAAAAAGAUAAAUUUAAGAUUGUGUAUGUUGCUCCAAUGAAAGCGUUAGCAGCAGAGAUGGUGAGAAACUUCAACAAGAGACUGGAACCACUAGGAGUCUUGGUACGAGAACUUACAGGUGACAUGCAACUGACUAAGACAGAAAUAUUACAGACUCAGAUGCUGGUUACAACUCCUGAGAAGUGGGAUGUAGUGACACGAAAGUCAACUGGAGACAUUGCCCUCAUUAAGCUAGUUAAAUUGAUAAUUAUUGAUGAAGUUCAUCUUCUUCAUGGUGAUCGAGGCUCUGUUUUAGAAGCCUUAGUUGCCAGAACCCUGAGACAGGUUGAGUCCUCUCAGAGUAUGAUCCGGAUUAUUGGGCUCUCUGCUACAUUGCCCAACUAUCUAGAUGUGGCUAGAUUUCUCUGUGUAACACCACAUACUGGUUUGUUUUUCUUUGAUGGGAGGUUUCGGCCUGUCCCUCUUGGCCAGACUUUUAUUGGUGUUAAAUCCCAGAACCCACUUCAGCAGCUUCAAGAAAUGGACGAGGUUUGUUAUCAGAAAGUAGCCAGUACAGUGGAGAAAGGUCAUCAGGUAAUGGUGUUUGUACAUGCUCGAAAUGCUACUGUCAGAACUGCCAUAGUACUGAAAGAAAUGGCUCAGAAUAAAGGACAGUUAUACUUAUUCUGUGCUGAUCAGAACCCUCAGUUUGGUGCAGUAGAAAAGCAGAUAAACAAGUCCAGAAAUAAUCAAUUGAAGGAUCUUUUCCAUUAUGGUUUUGCCAUACAUCAUGCUGGAAUGAUACGAACUGAUCGUAAUUUGGUGGAAAAAUAUUUCAGUGAAGGUUUAAUUAAGGUUUUGGUGUGUACAUCAACAUUAGCUUGGGGUGUCAAUCUUCCUGCUCAUGCUGUUGUUAUCAAGGGGACUGAAAUUUACGAUUCCAAACAUGGCUCUUUUGUGGAUUUGGGAAUUCUGGAUGUGAUGCAGAUUUUUGGACGUGCAGGGCGACCCCAGUUUGACAAAACUGGACAUGGAAUAAUUAUCACAACACAUGAUAAACUGAGCCAUUAUUUGUCACUAUUAACCAACCAUUACCCAAUUGAGAGUAACUUCAUUCAGAAUUUAGCUGAUAAUCUUAAUGCUGAGAUUUCAUUGGGUACUGUGACCACCAUAGAUGAAGCAGUGGAAUGGUUAAAAUACACAUAUUUGUAUGUCAGAUUGGCUCAAAAUCCACAAGCAUAUGGGUUCAAAUACACAGUGCCUCAGAGUGAUCCACACCUUGAACACAUCAGGAGAGAACUGAUCAUUUCUGCAGCAAAGGAACUAGACAAGGCACAUAUGAUCAGAUAUGAGGAAAGCACUGGUUACUUGCAUGCUACCGACAUGGGGCGCACUGCUAGUCAUUUCUAUAUCAAAUAUGCCACAGUGGAAGCUUUCAAUGAACGACUAAAACCCAUCAUGACAGAAGCUGAUAUAUUGGGUAUGCUGUCACAGGCUCAAGAAUUUGACCAGCUUAAGGUGAGCUAUACUGUUUUAUCUGAUAACUCCACUCUUCUGUCUAAUUUCAUUGACAUUUCAUUUCUGAAUGUUGAAGGGGGGAGUGAAAAUGCACACGGGAAAGUGAACAUUCUCAUUCAGACCCACAUAUCACGUGGACAAGUUAAUUCUUUUUCUCUAGUUUCUGAUAUGGCCUAUGUGGUACAGAAUGGUGUACGGAUUCUUAGAUCAUUAUUUGAAAUGGUGUUAAAAAAGAACUGGUCUAUCAUGGCUGGCAGGCUUCUAACCCUCAGUAAGGUACUGGAACAUCAGAUAUGGCAGUUUGAAAGCCCUCUCAGACAAUUUGGGGAUAUUGGUCCAGAUGUUUUGUCAAAACUGGAAAGUAAAAAGAUAUCUGUAGAUAUACUGAGAGAAAUGGAUCACUCCGAAAUAGGUCAGAUGAUUAGGCAUGUUAAAAUGGGAAAAGUAGUAAAAACAUACCUUGAACAAAUUCCGUUAUUGACUCUGAACCCCAGAAUUCAACCAAUUACACGGACUGUACUGAAAAUUACAUUAGGAUUAACUCCAGACUUCCAGUGGAAUGAUAAAAUUCAUGGGAAAACUGAGGCCUUCUGGAUUUGGGUUGAAGAUCCAGAAAGUAAUUAUAUAUAUCAUUCAGAGUAUUUUCUGUUGACAAGAAAACAAACUGUGCUGAAAGAAACCCAGAAUUUGGUGUUUACCAUUCCAGUAUAUGAGCCUCUCCCUAGUCAGUACUUAGUACGAGCUAUCUCUGAUCAUUGGCUAGGAUCUGAGUCCACAACACCAGUAUCCUUUCAACACUUGAUUCUUCCAGAGAGGCAUCCACCCCACACAAGCCUUCUGGAUUUGCAGCCACUUCCCGUGGAAGCUCUUAAUGAUGCUAAACUAGAAGAUCUUUAUAACUUCUCCCAUUUCAACUCAAUUCAGACACAACUUUUUCAUACAUUGUAUUACACGGACAAUAAUGUGCUUCUUGGAGCACCCACUGGCUCAGGGAAAACCAUUGCAGCUGAAAUUGCAAUGUUUAGACUUUUCAGGGAAUAUCCUGGAAGUAAGGUGGUUUAUAUUGCUCCACUAAAGGCUCUUGUAAGAGAGAGAAUUAAAGACUGGAAGGUCAGACUUGAAGAGAAAAUAAAUAAAAAGGUAGUUGAAUUAACUGGAGAUGUCAUGCCUGAUGCAAGAGCCAUCACUGCUGCUGAUGUAAUUGUUACCACUCCAGAAAAAUGGGAUGGAGUUAGUCGAAGCUGGCAGAUAAGGAAUUAUGUACGGGAAGUGAACCUUAUGAUAAUUGAUGAAAUUCACCUGUUAGGGGAAGACCGAGGGCCUGUAUUGGAAGUAAUAGUUUCCCGCACCAAUUUCAUAUGUGUGCAUAUGGAUAAAGUCUUGCGUAUCAUUGGUCUUUCCACUGCACUUGCCAAUGCCAAAGACUUAGCUGAUUGGCUCAGGAUAGACCAGGUUGGCCUUUACAAUUUCAGACCCUCUGUGAGACCUGUUCCUUUAGAGGUUCACAUUUCAGGUUACCCUGGAAAACAUUAUUGCCCUCGAAUGGCCUUGAUGAAUAAACCUGCCUAUCAAGCUAUUUGCACCCAUUCACCCAACAAACCAGUUCUGAUUUUCGUUUCAUCAAGAAGACAAACUCGUCUCACUGCUCUGGACUUGAUUGCUUUCCUUGCUGCUGAAGAUAAUCCCAGACAAUGGAAUAAAACACCAGAAUCAGAGAUGGAAUCUUAUCUUCACGACGUAAGAGAUCAGAACUUAAAGCUGACUUUAGCUUUUGGUAUUGGUAUACAUCAUGCAGGUCUUCAUGAUCAAGAUCGGCAACUGGUUGAGUUCCUUUUUGUUGAAUUUAAGAUUCAGGUGCUGAUUGCUACAGCCACCCUUGCAUGGGGUGUAAAUUUUCCAGCUCACCUUGUAAUUGUGAAGGGAACAGAAUAUUAUGAUGGAAAGACUCAACGUUAUGUUGAUUUUCCUAUUACUGAUGUUCUACAGAUGAUGGGAAGAGCAGGACGUCCACAGUUUGAUGAUCAAGGAGUUGCUGUUAUUUUGGUUCAUGAUAUUAAGAAACACUUCUACAAAAAGUUCCUUUAUGAGCCUUUUCCUGUGGAAUCUAGUCUUUUGCAAGUACUACCAGAUCAUUUAAAUGCAGAGAUUGUAGCAGGAACCAUCACUUCCAAACAAAAUGCCUUGGACUACAUCACAUGGACAUAUUUCUUUAGAAGACUUGUUGAGAAUCCCAGUUAUUAUGGCUUGGAGAGUGUCAACAGCAGUGUUUUGAAUAAAUACCUGUCAGGCCUCGUGGAUUCUGCUGUGAAGACAUUAGAAAAGUCACACUGCUUACAAGUUGGAGAGGACAACAGAGCCUUAACUUCUACAGUAUUUGGAAGGAUUGCUUCUUUCUACUACUUGAGUCAUCUAACUGUUCAGAGUUUUUGUGAUCAACUAGGGCCAGACAGGUCUUUGGAAGACUUGCUAAAAGUCUUGACCAGUGUACAGGAAUAUGCAGAACUUCCAGUACGACAUAAUGAAGAUGCUAUUAACAGUGAGUUAGCCAAAAGGUGCCCCCUGGAGGUGAGUCCGUACAGUUAUGACAGUCCUUACACAAAGGCCUACCUGUUGUUCCAGGCACACUUUUCUCGGUUGGAGUUGCCAUGUUCUGAUUACCUUACUGAUUUAAAGUCUGUGUUGGACCAAUCAAUCAGGAUUCUACAGGCGAUGAUUGAUGUGUCAGCAGAUCAAGGGUGGCUGGUCACAACACUUCGUGUGAUUGGAAUUCUACAGAUGGUAAUACAAGCUUGCUGGCAGACAGACAGUACUUUGUUAAGCCUUCCUCAUAUAGAAUGCUAUCACCUGCAUGACUUUGGGCAAAGUAAAAACCAGAGUAAUAUGCAGAAUGGAUCUUCCUUUGAGUCUCUCCCAGAGUUAAUGGCUGUUGUUAAUGGCAAAUAUGAAUCACUGGCUGGAAUGUUGAGGCCUAAUCUUGAUGAAAACAAGAUAGAACAGGUUUUCCAGACUUUGAUACAACUACCAGUUUUACAUGUUACAAUGAAGAUUAAAGGUUGGUGGAUGGAAAGUGCUGAAGAAGAAGAACGAACCAUCUUAAUUGAACAAUUUUGUGGAGUCCAAUUGGACAAACAGUGGAUUCAAGUUCAUGCUGAUCAAGAAUACAUUCUUAAUGUCAAAUUCUUGCGCCGGAACAGGAUUAAAAAAAAGGAUACUAAGGCUUUAGCUCCACGUUUUCCUAAGCAAAAAGACGAAGGAUGGUUUCUGGUGCUAGGAGACAUUGAGAACCAAGAAUUGAUAGCAAUCAAAAGGAUUGGCUACAUAUCAAGCUAUGCAAGUCACCAGCUUAUGUUCUACACUCCUGAAUCUCCUGGCAGGGUGAUCUACACAAUCUUUAUACUUAGUGACUGUUAUUUGGGGCUAGACCAGCAGUAUGACAUCUGUCUGGAUGUACUGGAACCCAGUCUUAUGGCUCAGGUGAACACAGAAGUUCAUGAGGAAGUUUGAUUAUCACAUAUGUUUACCAACCACAAGAGACUCUUGAGUACCUAAUACUUUGAUCAUUUAAGUUCUGUAUUGUGUUCAUUAACUCUACAAGGAUAUGAAUAUCAGAGGUAAAAGUUUUUUGUUCUAAAAAUUUGUUUUUGAAAUUUUGAAAGUUAAUUGAUGUACAUUUUCAGUUUUCAUAUUCUAGCAUUAGCAUUGCAUAAAACUAUUAAAAUGUAAUUUCACCAGAUUCUUACAUGUUUAUUUCCAGCACAUUGGUGUAAUCUGGUUCACUUUUUUUUAACCACUUUACUCAGCCUGAAAGUGAUUAAACUUCCUGAUCUGUAACAAUGUUCUUAUUGAUUAUUAAAAGGUGUUAAUUUAAGAACUCCAAA